AUGGCUGAAAAGAAUGCCCAUCUGGGCAUAGAACCCAAGAGACGAUCUCCUCACAAAAAGGUCCGGACUGGGUGUGUCACCUGCAAGUACGUUCUUCCACCGAUGGCUCCUAUUGCCACCACCUUUGACUCCGAGUUUUGGCGAUUGGAGCUCCCGAGGAUAUGUCAAUCCGACCCUGCCAUCUGGCACGCUGCCGUGAGCUUUGGGUGCGUCCAUGAGAGCUAUAUCGCAAUCUUUACGUGCGUCUGCCAUUUUGAGGGACUGCAAGAUCAGGCUCGCAUCCAUCUCAGAGCUGGCUACAAGCUGCUCCAAGAGAUUCAACAGGAAGAAGACGCCCGGUGGAAUCCGAAGAGUCGAUCAAGUCCGUCAACUGAGUCAGCAGCAAGCAUCAGUCCGAUAUCACUGUCAUCAAUCAGCUCCAUUCUCACAGGCUUCCACAUCUCGGAGCAGGCACUCAGUCGGGGAGGCAUCUCAGACCUGCCGAUGCUGAUAUUAAGACACGAUAGCUUCACUGAGUGGCGGACGUAUACGGCACCAUCCAAGAUGCCAUACCUUACAGUUGAGAACCUGACGCGGGCUAGUCGGGCAUCCGAGUCGUUGUUGAACGGGCUCGUGCUCUUCAUGCAGAGGCACGCCAACCAGAUCAAGGACAUUUUCCUCGGUACUGGCGGUACCAGUUUGAUGGAGUCGAUUGCCUUGAAACAGGAGCCUGAGACUCGCCGCUUUGCUGAGAUCUCCCGUGCCAUGCAGUUAUUCCAGAAUGAAGUAGACGUCAGAGAAGCCGAGGCAUCUGACUAUCUUGCAGACUCUUGGGUCAACAGAACCCUGCUUACUUUGAAGCUAUUCCAGGAAACAAGCCGCUUCAUCCUCUUGAAAGACCCAGACGAACCUGACCUAGUAAGGAGGCAUGCGGAGUUGCCUGCAGCUGCCAUGAGACUUGUCAAACUGGCAGAAGAGAUCCUCAACCUCGUCGGAGAGAGUUGCGACAAGCCUCUUGUACCGAGUCCUCCAACGUCUACCCCUUUGUUCAUCCUUGCCCACUCUGGUAUCACCCAGGAGACCCGGCGGCGUGCGAUUGAGCUCCUCAAGCGGCCAAAGAUGGUUGGCAUAUGGGACACUCUCCUGUCUGCCAGGAUCGGAGAAGCCAUCAUGGAAAGGGAGAAAUCGGCCGCAUACGAGGACCAGCUGAGAAGGGUGGCAGAAGGGACCUUAGCACCAGAGGUGAUAGAGAAGGAUGCCGACUCACCGGUAGAUCCUUUGCAUCGCAUUUUCAACAUGACUUUGGUUAUGGAGGGGAGGAGGAGAGCUAGGAUAUCGUUAAGGACUUGGCAGGACUGGAUACGGGGACAAGGCGGCGAGCAGAGAGUGAUAGAAUGGUAA